GUCGAAUGUGAUGAUUUUAUCAAACUGUGGGAUCCCCGUGGACUAGUCACCAUUGCCAAGCUGGCAACCAGCCAUACUCUAAUUGGCAAACAAAGAUCGCAAGGAUUGCAGAUCGGACUGACGGUCAGAGAUGACUGAAUCACAUGCCAGCAGUCAUCGAACUUUAAGACAAUGCAAAAGCCGGAGAUUGAGCGUAGAAAGAGCAGCCCACUAUUCCGCUUCACUUAGAUCCGCACCUUCCAAUCCCAGCUUGCUCAGCGGCCGGGCCACAGGGCAGCAAUAUAAGGGGAUUCAAUAUGACAUAGCUACCCCCUCCUCAAAUCAUCCUCAUUGCAUGAUCCGCAACCAUGUUGGCCAACUCAGGGACGACAUUCCACCCAACAACCCCAUCCCCAGGUCGGACAUUUGCCAACCAGGACAAGCUACCAAAGCUCCCCAUUCCACCGCUGGAAGAUACCUGCAAGCGUUACUUGAAAGCACUGCGCGGAUUACAAGACGAUCGUGAACAUGCUGCAACUACUCGCGCGGUACAACGCUUCCUCGAAGGAGAAGGUCCGCAACUCCAGGAGCGUCUGAUACAGUGGGCAGCGAGUCGAGCAAGCUAUAUUGAGGACUUUUGGUAUGAGAGCUACCUAUUGCAGAGUGACCCAGUCGUCCUCUCGCUUAACCCCUUCUUCGUGUUAGAGAACGACCCCAUGCCGGACCGCGGAUCCCAGUUGCCUCGCGCGGCAGCACUUAUCAUCUCAUCGCUCGGCUUCAUACAUGAUCUCCGACACGAAUUGCUGAACCCUGACACCGUUCGCGGUCGUCCACUUGACAUGGAUCAAUAUACUCGGCUGUUUGGCACUGCCAGGAUACCCACAGACAAGGGAUGUAAAAUGGUCGUUAACGAGGAGGCACGUCACAUUGUAGUACUCCGGCGAGGACAGUUCUACUGGUUCGACGUUCUCGACGACGAUAAUCGUCCACUGCUAACAGAAAGAGAAGUGCUCCGAAACCUUCAGGCUAUCGUGAGAGACGCGGACAAGACCCCCAUCACUGAGGUUGCUCGCAACGCUAUUGGCGUUCUGACUACGGAGAACAGGAAAACAUGGUCAACGUUGCGGCACACCCUUGCAGAAGACCGAACUAACGCCGCGUGCCUGAGUCUCGUAGAUGAUGCCUUAUUUGUCGUCUGCCUUGAUGAUGCUGCGCCUGCUCGCACUGAUGGUGGAGCGCAAGCCAAUAAGCCCGGAUCAAACGAAGAUCUUGCAGCGCUGUGCUCGAAUUUCCUGUGCGGGACAUAUGAUUUGAGGGAGGGAGUUCAAGUUGGGACGUGUACUAACAGGUGGUAUGACAAGCUUCAGAUAAUUGUUUGCGCUGACGGUGCAGCGGGUAUUAACUUUGAGCACACUGGUGUUGAUGGCCAUACCGUCCUCAGGUUUGCUGCUGACGUCUUUACGGAAGGCCUGAUGUUGCUUGCCCGAUCAAUCAACCCUUCAGCACCGACCCUCUUCCAUGCUCCCCUGUCUCCUCAUGCUAGAUCAUAUAAGCCGGAGAAACUGGCUACCGACGGCAAACAUGCCACUACAAGCCCCAUUCAAUCGCCUGCUCAUGAGUACGACACGGCGCCGGUCAAGCUCAUAUGGACGAUGACCCCACCUAUUCGUGUUGGCAUCCGCUUUGCGGAGACUCGUUUGAGUGAUUUGAUUUGCCAGAAUGAUUGCCAAGCUUUGAAAGGGAGAACAGAAUGUAUUUACGAGGCUGCCAUGACCAAGGCUUUCCUGCACGGACGUACGGAAGCCAUUCGAACAGUACAGCCGCUUAGCGUAGAAUUUACCAAGGUAUUCUACUCCGAGGCGUCGAAUGAGGAGAAAGUCAAUGCCUUACGCAAAGCUUGCGAGGGUCAUGUUGCUCUGACCAAGGAAUGUAGUCAGGGUCUAGGUCAAGAUAGGCACCUUUACGCACUAUACUGCUUGCACCAACGCCAACACGACGGAGAUCUUAAUCUGCGCCCUGAGGACCCGGUUCCAGAUGGUGACGUGAUUGAGGACGAGGUGCCAACCCCACCGCUGCCUUCCAUCUUUGCAGACCCUGGCUGGAGUCUUCUAAGUACGUCUAUACUUUCCACUUCGAACUGCGGAAACCCGGCGCUCCGCUUGUUUGGCUUCGGCCCCGUUGCUGCGGAUGGAUAUGGUAUUGGGUACAUCAUCAAGGAGAAUGGAAUAAGCGUCGUCGCAGCUUCGAAGCAUCUGCAGACCCGGAGGUUCUUAGACACGCUGCAAAGUUACCUGUUGGAAAUUCAGCGUGUGCUUGUUCAGUUGUAUUUGUCUGCCAACGAACGUCCAGCGCCGUUUGUCGACCACUCUGGAGUGCUCCGAGAUUCGAAGACCGGCAGGCCUAUCAAUGGUGCAACUAAGGAUUCGGAAGAUGCGGCCGACGGUGACUAUGAAGACACCAUGGCGGGAUAUUCUUUCUUUGACACCGGAGAUAUAGAACUCCUUGGCGGCCGCAAGCGGAGCGCUCAUGCUAAUAUUGGGAAAGUGUUACCAUUGUCCGAAUACUGAUAGCGACUGCGUUGUAAGGAAUACCUGUGUACUGGAUGGUUGUAUAUUGUUUUGUACGGCGGCAGCGGCGGCGUAUAUGAGCACGAAUGAUCACGCAGAUAUCGUGUGAUGGGUAGACAUCCAAGGCAAAAUAAGAG